AUGGCGUCUGCGAACCAGUCUCCAGAAGGCGCCAGCAACAAAGUUGGCUCAGGGCCACCAUCGCCAAUAUCAGGACCACAGGCUGCUGAAAAUCCUUACAGCAUUUUUGAUAGGCGUCAGAAAGCCUUGAUAGUUGUCAUAGUGUCUUUGGCAGCAACCUUUUCUGGCUUCGCCUCGAACAUCUACUUCCCAGCACUGCCUACUAUUGCCCAGGAUCUCAACGUCUCCAUAGAGCUUGUCAACCUCACGGUCACAUCGUACCUCCUCUUCCAGGGCUUAGCCCCGAGCCUUUGGGGACCUGUGUCCGACGUCAGGGGUCGCCGAACGGCAUAUUGCUGCACGUUUGUCGUCUUCAUUGGAGCAUGUAUCGGCCUGGCCGAGGCGAGGAAUUAUGCGACACUCCUAGUCCUGAGAUGUCUGCAGAGCACUGGUAGCGCAAGCACCAUCGCGAUAGGCUCUGGCGUGAUAGGCGACAUCACAACGCGAGCUGAACGGGGAGGCUUCAUGGGCAUCUUCCAAGCCGGUCUGCUCGUGCCUGUUGCUGUUGGUCCGGUCAUUGGAGGUGCCCUGGCAGGAUCACUUGGGUGGAGGUCGAUCUUCCUAUUCCUAACCAUCUACGGUGCCGUGUUUCUGGCUGCGCUGAUUGUGCUCCUGCCUGAGACCUUGAGAUCGGUAGUUGGCAAUGGAGGUGGCAUGCCAGAAGGGUUUAUGGCGAAGUCUCCGUUGCGGUCCUACCAAAAUCUCACCAAGGUACCAUGGAAUCUAGGCGCAGUGAGCCCUCCACCACCCAAAAAGCAGGUCGACGUGACCGGCCCAUUCCGGAUCCUCUUCAGCAAGCUCGCGGCCCCAAUCAUCGUCUUUCUGGCUAUUUACUACGCCGUCUGGCAGAUGAGCAUCACCGCACUGUCAACCCUCUUCACAGAACGCUAUGGUCUGAACGAGACCCAAGUAGGAUUGACUUUCACUGCCAAUGGUGUCGGCUCAAUGGUGGGCACCCUCAUCACAGGGUGGAUUCUUGAUAUGGACUACCGGCGCGUCAAGUCGAGCCACGAGGCCAAGACAACCAAACAGAGGCGGAGCUGGGCGCAGACCAAGCGCAGUCUAAGGCAAUCGCUAGAGAGGAUGCAAUGCAUAUCCAUCAUUGCCUUUGGGUGGUCCGUCCACUACGCACCGCGAGUCCACAUCGCCGUUCCCAUCAUCACGACAUUCGUUACUGGAUGGACGGCCGUCUCCACGCAGUCCAUCAUCAUGACUUAUCUCGUCGAUGUUUACUCUGACCGCAGCGCCGCAGCCAGCGCAAGCCUCAAUCUCGCCCGAUGUCUAUUCGCCGCUGGUGGCACGAGUUUUAUCAUGCCAAUGGUCAACAGUGUUGGGGCUGGACUGGCAUUCACAAUCUGCGCCAUUGUGCAGGGAGUCGCGCUCUGUGGUCUGCAAGUCAUGGGUCAUACUGAUGAGAUUGGCACCGAAACCAUCGUCAUGGUCACCUUGAGCAGCGCACU